UAAACUUGCUGUCUCACUCAUGCUUCCUGGCUUCACUCACAUGCACGAAGGAGGAAGAGCUGUAGCAGUGAGCACUAAAGUCUUAGCCGCACAUGAAGCAGCUCUGUCUAUUUUAAACCACACAGGAUUGGACACAGGAUAUCUUACACCGUGUGACAGAGUUUAUGCACCAAGUAGAGCCAGAGUAGAUACUUUUUUUUUUUUUACAUUUUUUUUUUUUUUUUUUACAUUUUUGUGGUGUCUUUUUACCCAUCAGGCCGUGUGUUUGGGUGACAGAGGCAUAGUGUGUAAAUUUGUAUGAGUCUGUAUGUGUGUGUGUGAUAGAGAAACAGGAGCAGAAUGAUUGCAGCCCAGUUACUAGCCUACUACUUCACUGAACUAAAGGAUGACCAGGUUAAAAAGAUCGAUAAGUACCUGUACUCCAUGCGUUUCUCUGAUGAAACGUUACUGGACAUCAUGCAGAGGUUUCGCAGGGAGUUGGCCAAAGGACUUGGACGCGAUACGAACCCCACCGCUGCACUGAAGAUGCUGCCAACAUUUGUGCGCUCAAUCCCCGAUGGAUCAGAAAAGGGAGACUUCAUUGCGUUGGAUUUGGGAGGCAGUAACUUCAGGAUCCUCCGAGUCAAAGUCAGCCAUGAGAAGAAACAGACCGUUCAGAUGGAGAGUCAAAUAUACGACACGCCGGAAGAUAUUAUGCACGGCAGCGGAACAAGACUGUUCGACCAUGUGGCAGAGUGUCUCGGAGACUUCAUGGAAAAACAGAACAUCAAAGAUAAGAAACUCCCAGUGGGGUUUACAUUCUCCUUCCCCUGCCAGCAGACCAAACUGGAUGAGGGCUGUCUGAUAACCUGGACGAAGCGCUUUAAGGCCAGUGGAGUAGAAGGAAUGGAUGUUGUCAAGCUGCUCAACAAAGCUAUUAAAAAACGUGGAGACUAUGAUGCUGACAUCAUGGCGGUUGUGAAUGACACUGUGGGAACGAUGAUGACCUGUGGUUUUGAUGACCAGCGCUGUGAAGUUGGCAUAAUCAUCGGGACGGGUACUAACGCCUGCUACAUGGAGGAGCUGCGUCACAUUGACCUGGUGGAAGGAGACGAGGGCAGGAUGUGUGUGAACACUGAGUGGGGAGCUUUUGGAGACGACGGCCGGCUGGAAGAUAUCAGGACAGAAUUUGACAGAGAGAUUGACCGAGGCUCUCUGAACCCUGGCAAACAGCUAUUUGAAAAGAUGGUCAGUGGGAUGUACAUGGGGGAGCUGGUCCGUCUGAUCCUGGUGAAGAUGGCUAGAGAAGGCCUUUUGUUUGAAGGAAGGAUCACCCCUGAGCUGCUCACCAAAGGCAAAUUUGAGACCAAGCACAUCUCUGCAAUAGAAAAGAGUAAGGAGGGACUGACCAAGGCCAGGGAGAUUUUGACCAGACUUGGUGUGGAUCCUUCAGCUGAUGACUGCAUUGCUGUGCAGCAUGUUUGCGCCAUUGUGUCUUUCCGUUCUGCCAACUUGAUCGCUGCCACAUUGGCUGCCAUCCUUCUGAGGCUAAAGGAGAACAAAGGUGUGGCUCGACUCCGAACCACUGUAGGCAUCGAUGGAUCUCUUUACAAGAUGCACCCACAGUAUGCCCGUCGUCUUCAUAAGACUGUGCGGCGUUUGGUCCCAGACUCUGAUGUGCGGUUCCUGCUGUCAGAGAGUGGCAGCGGGAAAGGAGCUGCCAUGGUGACCGCGGUGGCCUAUCGACUCGCUGAACAAUCUCGGCAUAUUGCUGAAACACUGGCAGAAUUCCGCCUCACGACUGAACAGCUGCUGGAGGUAAAGAGGAGAAUGAGGGUAGAGAUCCAAAAUGGGCUGUCGAAAAGCACUCAGGACAGUGCUACUGUCAAAAUGCUGCCCACGUUUGUUCGAAGCACUCCUGAUGGCUCAGAACAUGGGGAUUUCUUGGCUUUGGAUUUAGGAGGAACCAACUUCAGAGUCCUGCUGGUCAAGAUUCGUUCUGGGAAAAGGCGAACAGUGGAGAUGCACAAUAAGAUCUACGCCAUCCCUCUGGAAGUGAUGCAGGGAACAGGAGAGGAGUUGUUCGAUCACAUUGUACAGUGCAUCAGUGACUUCCUGGACUAUAUGGGGAUGAAGAACGCUCGCCUUCCUCUGGGCUUCACCUUCUCUUUCCCCUGUCGACAAACCAGCCUGGACGCUGGCAUCCUGGUGACGUGGACCAAGGGCUUCAAGGCGACGGAUUGUGAAGGAGAAGAUGUGGUGGGACUGUUGAGGGAGGCCAUAAAGAGGAGAGAGGAGUUUGAUCUGGACGUAGUGGCCAUAGUCAAUGACACAGUGGGAACCAUGAUGACCUGUGCCUAUGAAGAGUCCACCUGUGAAAUCGGCCUCAUCGCUGGUACCGGCAGUAAUGCGUGUUACAUGGAGGAGAUGAAAAACAUCGAGAUGAUAGACGAUGAUGAGGGGCGGAUGUGUGUCAACAUGGAGUGGGGGGCAUUCGGUGACAACGGAUGCCUUGACGACAUCAGGACAGAGUACGACCGCGCUGUGGACGACUUCUCCCUCAAUCCGGGCAAACAAAGAUAUGAGAAAAUGUGCAGCGGCAUGUAUCUUGGUGAAAUUGUGCGGAACAUCCUAAUAGAUAUGACAAAGAGGGGGUUCCUGUUCAGGGGUCAAAUUUCUGAAACGCUAAAGACCCGAGGCAUCUUUGAAACAAAGUUCCUGUCACAGAUUGAAAGUGACAGACUGGCCUUGCUGCAGGUGAGAUCCAUUCUGCAACACUUAGGGCUCGACAGCACCUGUGAUGACAGUAUUAUAGUCAAAGAGGUGUGUGGAGCAGUGUCACGUCGUGCAGCUCAGUUGUGCGGGGCAGGAAUGGCUGCUGUGGUUGAUAAGAUCAGAGAAAACCGUGGACUGGACCGACUGAACGUCACUGUAGGAGUGGACGGCACACUCUAUAAACUACACCCACACUUCUCCCGGAUCAUGCACCAGACAGUAAAUGAACUGGCUCCUCAGUGUAACGUCAAUUUCCUGUUAUCGGAGGACGGCAGUGGAAAAGGAGCUGCACUCAUCACAGCUGUGGGCUGUCGGCUGAGACAGGAGCUGAACGGCAAAUGAAACCACACCAGUCCCGUCUCACUGUACCCUAACCCCACUUCUCUGGGUUCUCCUUGUCCCCUCUGCUGUCUCCCAGUGUCUCCUGUCCUUCUAAAUCCAACCAGUCCAGUCAAUGUCUCACACUCCAGUAGCUGCUUUAGUCUGUCACAGCAGAAACACACUUUCUCUGCUGUGUAGAAUAACAGAAAGUGAGGCUUUAGUUAGGUAAUGUUUUGAUUAAUCAUUGUAACAAUAUGAUUCUUUAAAGGUUUUUGCAGUUUUGUGAUUUCUGAGGUUAAACUUGGGCAACGGAUAAAACACGCACAGUCUAUGCUUGUGAAUGUACAGCGAAACCUCUCAACACUUUCAUAGGUGGUUUGACGUCACCAUCUGGAGGAUUCUUGUGGGUACUGCUGUCUGUUAUGACUAAUAAUACAACAUUUACAGGGAAAUGCCAUGCAACUUGAAAAUGUUGAUCCUUACAAUGUGUUCAUGAGACACAGGGAUGAAACAGAAACACUGUUUUAGACCAAAGUCACCAGAGUGUGUCUGCUGUAAGACAAUGCUAUGAGGUGAAUAUAUAAAUGUACAAUGAGAUUAAAGGGAAUAUUUUUGCUUUACCCAAAUGUGAUACAAUAUAUUAUACAAACAUUGAUGCUAUUUAUUUUAUUUUUGUAUUUGGAGAGAAAGGAAAAUGUUACUGUUGCAACAGGAGAACAAAACCAUUGUCAAAGUCCCUUCAGCCAUCGUCUGUCUGGUGUUAGAGAAAAUAUUAGCAGCAAAGAGGGACUUAAAUAUAAAUUAUACAUAAAUGUGCAGGAAACAGGAAACCAUGUUAUAUGCUUGCUGUAUUAAUAUCAGCACCCCUACUCUUCUGUAUUCUACUGUAAAUAUGUCCAGAAACACUUAUUUUACUAAGUAGAAAUCCUGUUGGUGCUGAUCCCAGCUGUGGAUGUUGAUGGAAGUGCUGUUGUGUUAAUGUCACAGCAAAUUAGCACAACAGUGAUUAGGACAGCCAAACUGUUUACAAGAUGAAUAUUACAGUAAGGCAUCAUUAAACAGUUUGGCAAAAAGACUAAAGAUUCCUGCUGAACUCAACCCUCAUCCUGUACUAAAAUAUAUGCUUCAAGAGGGUGUAAGUGAACUACUAUAUGCCUAAUUCAAGCCAAUUACUAAAUGUUUAUUUUUCCUCUUUAAUGCUUCUUGAAAAAGCUCAGUGAAGUUUUCAGCCUUUUUCCUGAGACAGUAAUAACACAAUUUGUUCAAACCAAAGGUGCUCCUCAUGCCAGGUUUUAACAGAUUUAAGUAAUUUUUUUUGUAAACCACAGUUAAAGUUCUCACAUGUAGGGACAGGGGAACCUGAAUUAAUACCAAUAAAAAAUCCCAACAGUUGAGUUUUCAUUCCUAGUUGACCUCCCAGGAUAAAGACUGUGAGGUUUUCAGUGUGAAAGGCCUCCCAUCACCCUCUCAUACUUGCACAGACACCUUUUAAUCUCUUUGCUUCUGUUCCACAAAUUGUAUCUGCCCAACACUGUCAAUCAAUCAGUCACAAAUAAAAACCUGUGUCAAUCUGA